AUCUAUACUCUUAUUUAUGCUUUGGGCGAGUGCACUGCAGUUCUCCCUCGAGUUCGUGACCCCGACUAUGAAUACCAGUGCUGUAGAUAAUAGAAGACAGAGAGAGAGAGAGGCGGAAGAGGAGGGGUCGUUGGGGUGUUUUCCAGUAAAGAAUACUUACGUUCAACGGUCUUCUGCAAAGCAGAAGUGCGAGCGCAUUUCUUCUUCAACUCGUCUGACAGAAUAGCGGAAUACUUCACCGAGGGACGUUCGUUGAUAGUUAGAUGGAAAAUGGAGAUUGUAAUUGGUCUACUUCUUUCAUCAUUGUCUCUGUAUUGUGACUUCAUCGAUGCUGAGUGCCUGGUGAUCAGUCCUGCCAGGCUGGUGGUGAAGUAUGGAGACCCAGCCUCCUCUAACUGCAGCUCAGAUACCCCUGUAGAGAUGGGCUGGGAAGCCACCCAGGGAGGGACAGGUCUAACAGACAAGGAGGUGAAGUUUCUAAACUGGAGGGUGGACAGUGUGAAUGACUGGAAUAACAAACCUAGGUGCUACACAGAGGGAGGCCAGUGUCAGAAACAGCUGGACAUCACAGUUUAUAAGCUUCCAGACAGCGUCUCCAUCAGCUAUAGGAAGUACCCGGAUCCGAUGGUUGAGAAGCAUCAGUACCAGCUACAGUGUCUUGUCCAGAACAUCGCUCCUAUUGAGACACUCAGGGUGACCUUCUACAAAGUCAAUACCACUGGUGAACAGACAGAAUUAGACACACAACAUAAAUCCAAGGACAACAUCAAGACACCAGAGAAUGGGGCCUAUACUCUGGACUUCACCCCGAGUAGAGAUGAUGACGGGGCCCAGUUGUGGUGUUCAGCCAUGUUGGAUCUGGGACCAGAGGGACCCCAACCUCCUCCUGUGAUGGAAUCAGACCGCCUCAACAUCAACGUGCUCUACAAGCCUCUGAUCAAUAUGAGUCCUGGAUGUUUCUCCAUGAACAUCACAGAGGGCGACACCCAAUCACUGGCAUGUAGUGCAAAGGGUAACCCCGCCCCCUCCUACGAUUGGUUGCGCCCCCAAUCCGCCCCCGCCCCCAACACCACAGAAGGUAGAUCCGUAGUGACCAUCACCAACAUGGCCAAGUCUCACUCUGGAGAGUACACCUGCAUCGCCAGAAAUCACCUGGGAAACAGCACCUGUACUGUUAACGUGGAGGUCACAGGAGCUUCCUGUCAGGCUGCUGGAAGUGCCAUGGUGGCUGUGCUGCUCCUCCAGCUGAUUCAUUGGCUGUAAGACCACUUCCUGAACCCACUGAUUGGCUGAAUACAUGUGAUAAUUUUUUUACAACUGUGAGUGGGGGCUGUCUGUCCACUUUCUGCUAACUAUUGAUUCAUUAUUUUAUUGAUUGAUUGAUUUAUUGAUCGAUAACCAUGCCUACAAUACUUUGAUAAUAUUACCUUGUAACUUUAUGAUUUUGCCUUAUAUACAGAACCAGUCAAAUGUUUGGACCCACCUACACAUUCAAUGGUUUUUCUUUAUUUGUACUAUUUUCUACAUUGUAGAUAGUGUGCACAGCUCUCAUCAAGGCAAAGGGUGGCUACUUUGAAGAAUCUAAAAUAUAUUUUGAUUUGUUGAACACUUCUUGGUUACUACAUGAUUCCAUAUGUGCUAUUUCAUAGUUUUGAUGUCUUCACUAUUAUUCUACAAUGUAGAAAAUAGUAAAAAUAAAGAAAUACCCUGGAAUAGUAGGUGUGUCGAAACUUUCGAUUGAUACUGUAUAUGUGUGUGUGUGUGUGUGUGUAUGUAUGUAUGUAUGUAUGUGUAUAUAUAUAUAUGAAAUGAAUUAAAUCCAUUAUAUAUGUAUAUGGAUUUAAUUCAUUUUACAAAUUGUAUUGCCUGCAUUUUAUUUCACUAUCUCUGACCAUUCGUGAUCUUAGUCAGCUAUGACACAUAAUACUUAACUUAAUAAGGAAAUGUGAAAUUAUGGUGUCAGAUAAAAUACAGUGAACUAGACUUUGUUAAUAUACAAAUGGCGUUGGUCCAGGUGAGGAUUUUUUCUGCACUAGUGUGUCAAUAGCAGGACAUCUUUGACUCUAGAUUACACCGACUUAACCUACUUUACAUUGUUUGCGAGAUCAGACAUGAUAUCAUUCUAAUCCGAGUGUUCAUUUUAGGCAGUUGUUUUCAUUUCAGCGCGUCUAAUUUGUAAACAUUUCAACUGUAUUAAAUUAUAACUUUUUUCAAUUCCAUAAAACAUUAACAUGA